UGACGUCAUGUCACCUCGUGACGUCACGAGGGACCAGGAAGUUGCCGCUCCGCGCUCGCACUGCAAUCCGAGGCCACGCCCGCUUGAGCUGCUGUACCGCUCUUGUUUUCAGAAGCGACCUGCCAACAACAACAACAAGGCAGAGCUGUCGCUGCCUCUGCAGAAGUGGUCUCAUGGAGCAAAGGCACUCGGCGCAGCUCGGUGCAAAAAGGCAUCAAUGCGACCGGUGUGCAUACAGCACGGAUCGUCCUGCACAUUUGACACUGCACCAGAGAACUCACACUGGGGAGAAACCCUUCAAGUGCAGUGUGUGUGGGAAGGCAUUUGCACGGUCAUCUACUCUUGUAGAACACCAGAGAACACACACGGGAGAGAAACCCUUCAAGUGCAGUGUGUGUGGGAAGACGUUUGCACAUUCAUCUGCUCUUGUAGCACACCAGAGAACUCACACGGGAGAUAAACCCUUCAAGUGCAGUGUGUGUGGGAAGGUGUUUGGACAGUCAUCUGCUCUUGUAAAACACCAGAGAACACACACGGGAGAGAAACCCUUUAAGUGCACUUUGUGUGGGAAGGCGUUUUCAUAUUCAUCUGCUCUUGUAAGACACCAGAGAACACACACGGGAGAGAAACCCUUUAAGUGCACUUUGUGUGGGAAGGCGUUUUCAGAUUCAUCUGCUCUUGUAAAACACCAGAGAACCCUCAUGGGAGAGAAACCCUUCAAGUGCAGUGUGUGUGGGAAGGCGUUUUCACGUUCAUCUGAUCUUAAAAUACACCAGAGAACACACACGGGAGAAAAACCCUUCAAGUGCGGUGUGUGUGAGAAGGCGUUUACACUUUCACCAAAUCUUCAAAGACACCAGAGAACACACAAGCAUCAGAAGAUCCACCAGGAGUGGAGUCUGAAAUCAGCUUGUGAAAGUCAAAGUUCUGCAAUGAGCCCAUCCCUCAUGAAACAAGAACCGGAAGAACAUCCCAGCCUGGACACUUUCAAAGAAAUCGAGGUGAAAUAUGAAGAGGUGAAGGUGGAAUGUGAAGACGUGAUGGUAAAGAGCGAAGAAGUGAAGGUAAAAUGUGAAGAUGAAGAUUCAACUCCAAAAUCGGACUUUCACAUCGAUGGAGGCAACGUGAAGCAGGAGGAGAAUUCUGACUGUGAGGCAGAGCGAGGCAACUCCCAGCAGUUUGUGGAAGUGGAGGUGUGGGUGGACUUCCUCCGAGACAGUACAAAGUCGAAUGGAGACCCGGUAGAUGUGUAAGCCUGAAACGAUGUCGCUCCAAUAGAUGCACCUUUGUCACAGGCCUUUAAUGACAAUAAUGUGAAGUUGAACACUCAGUUCCUAGGUGCAACCUGCAGGGUAAGAGCGGCCAGUCUUUGUGGACCUGUGUGUUGGGUAGAUCUCUAACUAGGAGCGAGAGCCAAUAAGCUCCCAAGCAUUCACUAUGUUAUCAUAAUUGCAUUUAUAUGGUGCUUGCUUAAUUGCCUCGGCAAUUCGGAGUUUUGUAUCGUAUCUCUUUUCAAACACUCUAAGAGCAUCCCCAAGUAGCAGCUGCCCCUGUGUGGCACAAGGUGGUGGCCAUGCACCGGCCUGCACGUGGACAAGAGCCUGUCAGUAGGGGGCGAUGGUUGAUGUGGCAUCUCGGUUGUGGAGUUUGUAGGUAAUGUUUAGAAUUUUUUUGAUCAAUUUUGACCCAGACGCCAGCAUGCAAUGGCCUACUCGUUUUGAAUGGUGCAUUAGUAUGUUGUACAUACACUGUUAAGCAGACGGUGCGUAUUUUUUUAAUUAGCUUGUUAAUGCGAUGUAACCUAAUGCAGUAUAUUUCAGUGCAGUCAUUAAAUUUUGUUAAUAUGCCUGUCACGAAUUUAGAAUGAAUACUUGUCUGAUGGUGUGCGUACAUGUAACCUUUUGUCUACAAGGGUCAAACUUUGAAUGAGUCAUGUUAGGACACAGUGUGUGUUUUGCAAGUAACCUGUACAGAUAACUCAGGUGAGACUCAUUGUUCUUGUGAUACAGGUCAAAGGGUAUUUUUGUGUUUUCAGGAAGCAUCUCCCUCUGGAGCAACUCAUUGUCUUUAAAAUAGCGAGCACACUCGUAUCAUUCAUCAGUUACAAGGCAAACCACUUAAAAGUUACACGUAGAGGAGAUACAUUCUCAACAACACGAAUUAUAAUUUUGCAUUACGUGUUGACGUAGAUUUUGUCUAACUAGGACGAGAAAUACUCCUUACUGAUUAAUGUCUGGAUGUCCCUAACUAUCGGUUGAAACAAGCCCGGCUGCUGUUGAGACGCUGUGCACCAAUAAGGGUCCACAUGUGGCUUGCACUGAAUCAAUGACGCGCUCCCAGAAGUCUGUGCUAGUUAUAGUUUGUGUAAAACAUUCAUUUGUUUCGUGGAGAGAUCGAUAAAUGAAAGAUGUCGUGUCUGCUGAUCUGCUUCAUAGCAAGGAGGUCAUUUUAAGAGCACAUUUGGAAUGCAUUUUUGGUACAGAUUUGUAUUCGGUUACAAGGCAGAGCACAUCUAGUAGAUACAUUCUCCACAACAACACUCAUUAGAAUUUUGCAUGACGUCUUAUAUUUGUUGGCGAACUAGGACAAGAAAUGGUCCUUGCCGAUUAAUGUCUGGAUGUUGACAACCAUGGGGUUGAAGCAAGCCGGACCGCCUGCGGUGCCCCUCAACCGUUUACGGCCUUGGGCCAGGAAAGUCACGAAGAAAAUUGUCCACGAACGACGCAUCCACGCAAACACCCGAUGCUCCGUUUUGAAGUUUUAAAAUGAAACAACUUUGAAUUGUAUUAUGUUUUUGAAUUAGAUAAUUGUACUUAAUUAAAAGCUUAUAUUUUACA